AUGGAAGCCUCCACCACUCAAGCGGAUGGGUUUCAGGCCGAUCUGGCCGAUCCGGAGCUGGCAGUGGUGCGGAUGCGGACUCUGGAGGAGCCUCAAUCGCCGAGCAUCCAGUCCGACGGUUCCGGAUGCCGUAAGUCGUCGCUGUACGUGUACGGGGACGGCCAGUUCAGCAUCACGCUCAAACACUACGACAGCAUCGUAAGCGAGGUGAAAUGUCCGGGUUGUGCGGAACCGAUGGACGGGCCCAUCACCAUGUGCGGCACCGGUCACAGCAUCUGCGCCAUCUGCCGUGUGAAGCGGGGUAUCUGUCCGCUGUGCGGGGACCGUGUUACCGAGCUGCGCAACUACACGCUCGAAGCCAUCGUGUCCAAAGUGCAGUUCCCGUGCAAAAACGCCGCCAAGGGCUGUGCGGUGCGGCUGCCGCUGCAGCUGCUGCGCUGGCACCGGGAACGGUGCGGGUACAAGCUGAUCGAGUGCUUCAUGGGUAAGGUGUGGGGGUCUUGCGGAUGGCAUGGUUGCGAGCGGGACUGGAUGGGCCACUGCCUGGUGGCACACGCCGACCACGUGCACCAGGAGCCGACGGUGGAGCUGCGCUGGGAGUUUGGGGCCGAAGCUAACCAGCGCGCCUCGGAACUGCAGCUGGUAGUGGCUUACCACGUGCUGCGUGCCUACGGUGAAGCAUUUAACCUUUACCAGGUGUACGAUCAGGACAGUCGCACCGCACUGUGGACGGUUAUUUGCGCUACCAAGGAAACGAAGGUGAGCGCACGGUUCGCGUUCGAGCUGGAGCUAUAUUCGCCGGUGGACAGCUGGAAGCUUUUGGUACAGCGCUUCCCGUGCCAUUCGGAGCUCGAUCCCGACUUUCUGAAGGAUGGGCACUGUGCCAAGAUUCCGCUCGCGGAUGCGCUACGCUUCAUGACGGACGACAAGGUUUUACACUACCGUGUGCGAGUGCUCGAGGUUGGUCCGUCACGCAGCCAAAGCUUGAUGAAGCUGAGCACCGCGUCGUCUUCGCAUCUGCCAACCGACUACUGCUGCAAGCACAUCGAAAAUGUUAACCUCAAGGCAGUCCCCGAAGGGAACAUCAUCUGUCGGAAGCAACCGUCUUGCAACACCGAUCCGACCUUCCCACUGGAUGAUGACGAUGAAGUGUUUCUACCGUACGCGGAUGCUGAGCAGGAGCCGCUCGACGGCACACCCGGAAGCGCAGUUCGGCCACGGUGCGAACACAACUCGCCUAGUCGAUCGUCCAGCCUGAGGUUGGCUGCCUCAGUUCCUAUGUUGGCGCAACCGGCCCUGCCGGAUGCUGCCGCACCGCGGCAGGAGGUCGAGUUGCAACCGAUCCAGCAGCUAGUGCGGGUGAAGGUCGCCGAACGGGAGCAGGCCGUGCGGAUGCAUGCCCAGUACGCGGUGCGUAAAACCUCGCCCAAGGCAAACGGCAGUGUGGAACGGGGCUCCAGCGAGAGCCUCGCCUUGAAACCCGCAAAGGGCACGGGAUUAUCAAAGUUUUACAACGUCACGGUGUACAAGGCAGCCAAAUUUCUCGACAAGAAGGGCAUUAAGUGA